GAAAAGCGGAUGGAGGGUCACCUGCAAGCCACCGUUGAGGACCUGGCAGAGAUGCAGGGGCACAGCCCUCAAGUACGGCAAAAGGUCUACCGCGCUAUGGCAGCCACAGCGCGAAAGGCAAGGACCCAACUUGAGGUCCGACGCGCGAUGGAAGCCGAUGUGGGGCGAGAGGAGGGAUCGGAUGACGAUGACGCCCCGGACACCAUCAACCCCACGCGACGCCAGCUGGUCAACAUCCCCGUACACGUCAACGUCCCGAACGCGGCGCCAGCUGAGGACGACGGCCGGCCGACACCACGGCCACCACGGCCGACAAAGAAGAGAUCUUGGUGGAGGGCCGACGAACUGGCGGUGGUCGCCGACUUCGCGGCGAACCCCUCCAAGAGGUUCCGCGACAUCGAGGAGCUGGCGGCUGCCCUCCCUGGACGCUCAUCAGGAGCAGCCUGGCUCAAAGUGAGCGAACUGAGGCACAAAAUGGGGAGUGGGAGUGAAAAAAAGAGCGAGUGGGAGUGAGCGCAAGCCGCGCCGGCGGUGCGCGGGCGUCGUGACCUCUUAGUUUCUGUGGGCCGCGCCGGCGACGCGAGCUGUUCAUUCUUGUGUUUGUAGUAGAGUGUGUGGUGGCGAUUUGGUGUCGCAAAGCUCGGCGAGCCGGGCGUCAGCGGUAGUUUUGUGCGCAUAUCUUGUGUUUGUCGGCGGUAGUUUUGAACCGCGGGCCCGUAGAGCUGUCGGGCAGGCGGGACAGUGAGCGACGAACGGACGGUCUGAACGGCGCAGCACGGACGCUGGAAUCAGGGACGUGUGGUCUUAGAGCGUAACGGUGGAGGUGUGAGUGCGUCCCCCGCACCGGGGCGGUUCCAGCGCCACUCCGUGCUUGGCGUCGCAAGGCUCAGCGAGCCGGCCGCAGUGCACUCCUAGAGCUGCUUACGAGCCGCAGGGAGCAUAGCCCGGGCCACAUGCCACAAGGACCUAGGCUUUUCGACGGCGGUUCAUUUUUUGGAUGCUGUUCGAGUCUUGAAGGUUGACAGGGUGUAUUACCACAGACACUGGGUUACGGCAACGUCACAUUCCACUCGGUGAGCACUCGACGGCCGCUGGCCGGAGACUGCCCGCCCGGCCCGGCCCUGCCCAGACCGGGGCGGGGCGGCCGCUCACGCCCUAUUGGCUGCGCCGGCUGCAACGGGCAGCAGCCGGCACAACCCGCACAUGCCCCCCAGUCGCGCAAUAUUCGGAGUAGGUUGCGUGACACUAACGUCUAUAUUACAUGGCCUCAAUGAGGCGCUGCGGGCGGCGUUGGCGCCGUCGCGAUCGGCGAAGCGCCGGCUGCGGCGCCGCGGGUUCGGCGGGCUCGGCUGUUGUGAUUGGUGGCCGCACAGCUGACGUCGUCUGCUGCGGCCACCAAUAAUACGUCGUCUGUAUGAAAUAU